GAGGAGGAGGAUGGUAUGUGAUUGGCCAGGCGGGGACUGGUAGUCCGGAGGCUGGCAUUGUGCUCCGCGUUGAUCCCCGUGUUCUUGUUUACACCUUGCGGACAGGGAGGAGACAAGGCACCCAGGGGCCCCCAAGCAAAGACUCGGGAGUCCAGUCGGCUGUGGACCCGGCAAUCGGACAGCAUCUCCCCGCGGUACUUAUUUUGAAUGGUCGCAAAAUAAGUUUUUGCUCUGCUGGGAAUCGGACUCGCAAUCGCCUGAUUUAACCUCUCCAUUCAGAGCAGCAAUGCGUCAAACUUUUUGGUGACUUUUGUGGCACCACUGCACUCGUGGAUCCCAGGCAAGCCGAGUAAGUGCAGCUGGAAAUGAACCAGGAAUUUGUUUCUAAAUAUUCACAGGGUGUGAUAUCUACGGACCUCUUCAAAGUCUGAUUACGGGCGGACAUGUUUAGUCAAGAGUGAACUAUUUACCAAAACAACGUCAAUUACUGGACUCUUUGGUAUUCCUGCAAUUUUUUUUCAGGAGAAGAGACUUUGUUGGACAAGAGCCACUUGUGUCAGAAACACCGCAGGUAACGCUGUGUGGGAGACCCCGGGACGUUUCGCAACGUCGUAUACGGAAAAGAUGCCCUGCGUUCGGAUGCAGCGUGACCAAGGUCUCGGUCCUCUGGUUCUUCUCCUCUUGGUCGGAGGAUACGUCGUGUCUGGCACUGAGAGCAGCGACUACAGCGAGGCCGAGGUUCUCCCUGACUCCUUCCCAUCAGCACCAGCAGAACCUCUCCCAGAAUUUCUGCUGGAACCGGAGGACGCUUUUAUCGUUAAGAACCGUCCAGUCCAGCUACGGUGCCGGGCAUCACCAGCCACCCAGAUCUACUUCAAAUGUAACGGAGAAUGGGUCAAUCAAAACGAUCAUAUCACCAGAGAGAGCCUGGACCAGAUCACGGGUCUGGUGGUGCGGGAGGUGGACAUCUCAGUGGCGAGGACUCAGGUGGAGGAGCUGUUUGGGUUGGAGGACUACUGGUGCCAGUGUGUGGCCUGGAGCUCGGCUGGAACCACCAAGAGCAACCGUGCCUACGUUCGCAUUGCAUACCUAAGGAAAAACUUUGAGCAGGAGCCACUGGGGAGGGAGGUGCGACUCGAACAGGAGGUGCUGCUUCAGUGUCGGCCCCCGGAAGGCAUGCCCGCUGCCGAGGUGGACUGGGUGAAGAACGAGGACGUCAUAGAUCCAUCGCAGGACUCCAACUUCCUGAUCACCAUCGAUCAUGAUCUGAUCAUCAAACAGGCCAGACUCUCCGACACAGCCAACUACACUUGUGUGGCUCGCAACGUGGUGGCCAAAAGACGCAGCAGCACGGCUACUCUUAUUGUUUAUGUAAGCGGAGGUUGGUCUUCUUGGACUGAAUGGUCAGAGUGUAAUGCUCGGUGUGGGCGGGGCUGGCAGCGACGAACACGCAGCUGCACCAAUCCAGCCCCUCUGAAUGGAGGAGCCUUCUGUGAAGGCCCACCCUUCCAGAGAGUGACCUGCACCACACUUUGCCCAGUGGAUGGAGGCUGGACAGACUGGGCAAAGUGGUCCGCCUGUGGGACAGAGUGCACCCACUGGCGCAGUCGUGAAUGUCAAGCCCCCCCACCUAGAAAUGGAGGAAAGCACUGCGGUGGCAGUAUGAUGGAGAGCAAGAACUGCACUGAGGGGUUGUGUGCACGCACACUGGCCCCAGGUAUGGGUGUCGCGGUCUAUGCUGGUCUGGUGGGGGCCCUACUGCUGUGUGUGAUUCUGGUGUUGUGCGUGGGAGUGCUCGCAUAUCGCCGCAGAUGCCGCCAUCUCCAUGGAGACAUCACCGAUUCUUCGUCUGCUCUCACUGCCGCCUUCCACCCUGGCAACUACAAGCCUCCCAGACAUGAUAACCCUCACCCUCUGCAUCCCUCAGCUCCUCCGGAUCUGACAGCCACAGCGGGAGCUUUCCGUGGGCCGCUUUUCUCCUUGCAGCAGGGGGUCAAUGACAGCCCCCACAAAAUCCCCAUGACCACGUCUCCCUUACUGGACCCAUUGCCAAGUCUCAAAAUCAAGGUGUACAACGCCUCCACUUUGUCCUCCCUGGAGCUCCCUGUGGAUAUGGGUUUAGGUGAUGGAGAGAUCCUCAGCCUGAAGUCAGUGGGUACUAUGGGUAGAGAGCGAGAUUAUCACAGCCACACCCUCUCCAGAGAGCCUGGGCAGAGCACGAGCGCCACCCUGGGUAAUCUGGGAGGACGCCUUACCAUCCCCAACACAGGUGUGAGUCUGCUGGUACCCCCUGGCACAAUACCCCAGGGGAAGUUCUAUGAGAUGUACCUUAUUAUCAACAAGUGGGACAGAACGACGCUACCCUCUGAGGGAAGUCAGACUGUACUAAGUCCUGUGGUGAGCUGUGGCCCAUCCGGUAUGUUGCUGAAUCGUCCCGUGGUUCUUACUUUGCCCCACUGUGCCCAGCUAGACACACCUACACCUGACUGGACCCUCACACUCAAGACACAGACUCACCAGGGAGCAUGGGAGGAGGUGCUGACGGUGGGAGAGGAGACUUUGUCAUCUCCUUGCUACUUGCAGCUGGAGGAGGAGUGUUGUCACGUUCUCAUGGAGCAGCUGGGAACAUACGGUCUUGUGGGCCAGUCCUGCCCCCCGCAGCCUGCCUGCAAACGGCUGCAGUUGGCACUGUUCGCCCCUCGAGCGCCCUGCCUCUCCCUGGACUACAGCCUUCGUAUCUACUGCAUCCAUGACACCCCACAUGCACUCAAGGAGGUGCUGGACUUGGAGAGGAGUCUAGGAGGAGUGUUGCUGGAGGAUCCCAAGCCUCUGUUUUUCAAAGACAGCUAUCACAACCUGCGCCUGUCCAUCCACGACAUUCCUCACACUCACUGGAGAAGCAAACUUCUGGCAAAGUAUCAGGAGAUCCCGUUCUAUCACAUCUGGAGCGGCAGUCAGAGACCCCUGCACUGCACCUUCAGCCUAGAGAGAGGAGGCCUGGCUGUGUCACAGCUCAGCUGUAAGAUCUGUGUCCGACAGGUGGAAGGGGAGGGACAGAUAUUCCAGCUUCAUACCGAUAUUCAGGAGACAUUACCCCCGCACUCACCCCUCCCCUCAGGAGGCACCUGCCUGCCUUCCUCUCAAGUGGGACCCUUUGCCUUUCGCUUGCCUGACUCCAUCCGCCAGAAGAUCUGUGCCAGUUUGGAUGCACCCAGUGCUCGAGGAUGUGACUGGAGACUCCUGGCACACAGUCUGGGCUUUGACAGGUACUUGAACUACUUUGCAACAAAGCCCAGCCCCACAGGUGUUCUACUGGAUUUAUGGGAAGCGUGUCACCAAGCUGACGCAGACCUGGUCUCUCUGGCGACUGCGCUGGAAGAAAUGGGCAAAAGUGAGGUGCUAGUUGUCAUGACAACAGAUGGAGAUUGUUGAUUGGUCAAGGAACAAGAGAGCAAGCCAGACUGUUUUUCUUUUUUCCACCGUGAUGAAAAUAAGAAUACCUGCUGAUGAAUAUGCACAAACCAUAAGCCCACAGAGCAUUUUGGUUCCUUCACAUGCACUGUAUUACCUCUGCCUCAUAUUCCUUUUCACUGACCCCUGAUCAGCCACUGUAUGCCACACCGUAAACCCAUUCCUAUGAUAACUGCUAAUCUGAUUCUGCCUGAAUCCUCCAAAGCAAUGUUGCAUCUGCAAGAUUUGAGGGUACGAAAGCGUAAAAAAUGGGUGCAAAGUCAUGUCAUAUGUGGUGCUGACUGUCUUUUUCAAAGAUUUAAAAUGAUGCUAUUUUUGUAUAUAGAUAACAGCUUUGGGACAAACAAAUACAAUUCAUGUAUUCAAUAAGCACGCACAAUAACGCUAACAGACGAAUGCUAAAACGGGAUUAGCCAUGUUUCAGUUGCAGCAUGAAAGUGCAUGAUUUAACACCAUCUCACCUCAUGGCAGGGGCUUUUGUUUUCUCCAUUGUCAUGCUGUGUGUGCAGUGAAUGACAGGCCGCACCAACCUGUCUAAAACCUCCUCAGGCUAUAGACACACUCCAUCAUACACACUCGCACACAGAGUAAGCGGCCAUUAACAGGCCCGGAAUCAGGCUCGAAUUUCUCGUCCAAGCUGCUUGGACUGUGGACAAAUCACAUGAGGUCCGCUUGAAAAAGAGCUGCCUCUUCUUCGUGGUAGGGGUUUGAAUUGUGAAGUUCAUUGAAGAAUUUGUAGAUAUCUAAACCGACAGACUCUUUAUAUUGUACCAACAAAUGCCUCAAAGCCUUGGCAUAUCAUUCCGACUCAUGGGGGUGUUUCUCUUUCCUCCCUCGCUCUGGCCACACUCCUCCAAUCUGUUGAGAAUAAACUGCAGAAGAGCUUUCUGGUCAUUCUUUUAAAGUUUCCUCUGGGGAACGCUCUUUAAGUUAUUAUCCAUAUUUGUGUUUUUUUUAAUUUCAUUGUCAUUUCUGUUAUGAUCAUACAGAACAAUGUUCGAUCAUCUGUGCUUAUUUAGGCUGCUGAGCCGCUGUGUUGUUUUGAUUUUUUACUCGAGUAGAGCAGGCCAAAUGGGAGUUAUGUGCAUAGUGGUUGUCUCAGUUGUGAAUAACAAAACCAUGUGUAUUUGUUAUCUUUAAUACGAAAUGUAAACUGUAAACUGUAAAACAUGAUUCGAUGCGGUCAAAUGUCCAGGUGAAUAUGCUGUAUGCUGUAUUUCUUCGGCAUUUUGCUUUGCUGUAACGGAGGGCAGUUUCCAUUGUUCAGCGAUGAAUAUUACAGAGUAGAUUAGCCUUUCCUUAAAUCAACUUGGCACCGAGGGACCAUAAAAUUGACCUCAACACUAAUACAUUAUGUUUGAAUCUAUUCUCUGUCCACCACUUAUCCAUGUUUCCAUCUGUCUAUCCAUCACCCUGUAACUCAUUAUGUCUCCCUCUCUCAAUUUUAUAACGUAUUGUUAAUCGUUAUACUAAGCCGCCUGCUUUGUGGUCAGGGUCCUCAAGCUUUUUGCAUUGUCAAUAUUGUUCCGUUAGUUAUUGUGAGUCGGAAAUUUAAAUACUUUCAUCUUUCAACUUGGUUAAUACUUACGUUCUAUGUGUUUUUGAGGGUUAUUUUUCUUCCCUCAAAGCAAAAGAAGUGUUCAUAUCAUUGAAAUCACAAAAACCAAAACACAGGCAGUAUCCCCCCCCUCGCCCCUCCCCCUCUCUACAGCAGUGAGUCAUGUCACUGUUUUGUGUGAAUGAACUGAAGACACAAGUGUGUUUGCAUACAUGAGUGUGUGAGUGGGCAGGUGGGUGUGCACGAACUGUGUGUGCACACGCUUAAGAGCUGUCAUAUCUCUUUGUAAGUGCUAUGCAAGUACAAAAGAAAAGCGAAGCAAUUUUGACUUCUUUUGUUUCCUGGAAGAGUAAUUCUAUUUUUUCAGAUUAGGGCAUUGACAGGGUUUUGAUUUUGUAUUCUAAAGUGGUUUAACAUUUUUGGUUACAGUGGUAUGUGUAGGAAUUCUUCAUCUGGAUUGGAAGAAUUGGAUCACGGACUAAGAAAGUUGCUGUUAAAAAAGCCCACGUGGUAGAAGAAAACAAAGUGCGGUACAAUGGCUACAAAACAAGUUGUGACUAAUACCAUGAACUCGUGCCCUGCAGGUCUUUGUCCGUGAGGAAAUACCUGGAUACAACCAGUUCAGAACUUUGGAUCCCUGAACAUUGCAGGACUAUUUUUCUUUCCUUAAUUCUUGUUCCAGAGACUGGCUAGCUGUAGACUACAGUGUUCAUUCGUCCAGAAUUCUCGAGUAUCUGUUGGAUCUUUGGCUUUACCUCUGGAUAAUUUAUGCUGGAGCUGGACUGGAUUCUACCUUGCUCCAAUAAAAGAGAAAUAUUUAGCCUUUGUUGAAGAAGUCAGACAUUUUUAUGAGAAAAAAAACAAAAACAAAAUGGAUUCAGUGACUUUAUUUUAUCUCUGUAAAGUAUCAAUUGUAAAUAAACGUC